CCGUAGGUUGUUCUUCAGGUAUUUAAUACCUUGCCGCGCGCCCUGUCAAACAACAGCAAAGCAAUUCUGGACAGCCGGGCUAUUGUCGGCGAUUUUUGCAAUGCUCCCUCCAUUCGACUACUUCGAGCAUCGUGCGGCAUGCAGACGAAAGCAGGACGAACGAGCGACACGAAUCGCGACUCUACCGAAGCCGUACCUCCUUCCCAUUAGUCCUGACGAACGAACUAUCCUCACCGCACCCAUCGAUCAGCUGGUGAAAGAUGUGCAGAGUAAAACCACUGACGCGGUCGAUGUGCUGCGGGCAUAUGGGAAAGCGGCCGUGAAGGCGCAGGAGAAGACCAACUCUGUGACCGAAGUGAUGAUCACAGCUGCAGAAGGAUGGAUUGAGAAUGGAGAGAUCAAUCUUGAUGGCCCUCUUGCUGGGAUACCGGUCAGUUUGAAGGACAGCAUCGUCGUGGGUGGCUUCGAUGCCACUGUAGGUUACUCGUGCAAGGCCGGCAAACCGCACACUGUAGAUGGAGCUAUUGUGCGAAUGCUGAAGGAUGCCGGAGCUGUGCCUUUCGUCAAGACGGCCUUACCUGUCACACUGUUGAGCUUCGAGAGCUUCAAUGAUGUUUGGGGACGAUGUCUCAAUCCGCACAACCCCAAAUACUCCCCAGGUGGCAGUACAGGCGGUGAAGGCGCUAUACUUGCUUUUGGUGGCAGCAGAAUAGGCAUUGGAUCCGAUGUCGCUGGUUCUGUUCGUGCUCCCGCGCACUUCUCCGGUUGCUACUCACUUCGAUGCAGUACUGGUCGCUGGCCCAAGUAUGGCGUGGACACUAGUAUGCCUGGUCAAGAAGGAAUUCCUUCAGUGUUUUCGCCCAUGGCUCGCACACUUCCGGACCUUGCAUACUUUACACGCUCUUUUGUCCAAAUGAAGCCCUGGAACUACGAUCAAUCGGUGCACCCACUCGCCUGGAGAUCUGAGGUUGAGGAGGAAGUCGCCAGCAAAAAGCUCAAGAUUGGCGUGAUGCGCUCUGACCUGGUCGUCGAUCCCGCUCCUGCUUGCGUUCGUGCACUUGACAUUGCGGUGGCGGCUCUGCAAGCCCAAGGUCACGAAGUCUUCAAUGUCUCCCCACCGAACCCCUACGAGGCCAUGGUCAUUGCGAGCAACCUCCUCAACGCAGAUGGUACCAAAACUUUUCGAUCCUUCUUCCGCACUGGCGAGUCUGAUGAUGCCGGUGCUCGCGAAUUCGGCCGAUAUAUGCGUCUCCCUCGAUUUCUCAAGUGGUUCUGGUAUGCUUACGUCAAAUACAUCAAACGCGACGAGAUCUGGGCCGGAUUGUUGGAGCACUGGCAUGAGAAGAGCGCAUACGAGAAUUGGCAAUGGGUGGCCAAGCGAGAGGCAUACAAGGCGAAGUUUCACACGUGGUGGAACUCUUUUGGCACAUUCGGCGACGGUAUGGACUUCCUCCUCACACCACCCAAUGCAACACCCGCUGUUCCACAUAACGGCAUGAAAGACGCCAACGCCUCUUGCGGCUACACCUUCCUGUUCAAUCUGCUCGAUUACACGUGCGGUAUCGUGCCGGUCACGCACGUAGACCCGGCCAAGGACGGUCUGUCGCCGGAUUUCCAGAUGCGCAAAUUGAACGGUGUGGCCAGAGGAGCAUACAAGCACUACGAUGCCACCGCGAUGGCUGGUCUGCCCGUAGCUAUCCAGCUUGUAGGCAGGAGGCUCGAAGAAGAGAAGGUGCUUGCGGGGAUGAAGCGAUUGGAGGAUGCGCUGGAUGCACGAGGUGAGAAGUACGAGCUGAUGUAUGGUUACGACCAGUAGUUGGUUCCCAUGUCAACCUUCUUGUCAUUGGUGGUUCUAGCCCACCGAGCACCUGCACGACCAGCCGGCAUAGUGUAGAUGUUCGAACAAUGCAGCAAGUUCACCACCAAUGUCGUCGAUAUACACUCCGACUGCCCGCCAAAGAUGACUCUGCGAUGACUCUGCGCUCUGUGUUGUGAUCUCAAGCUCCAGCCCGUCGUGUGUCGAGAGGACGGUAAGGUUAGUCACCAAGGAGUCUAAGUAUUACCGGUCCACCAAUUUCCGCAGCAGCCG